AAAGACCAGUAGCGGUGAAACCCUUGUAAACGCUAUUCAAUUGUUUUCCGACAAAUUUACAUAACGGAAAAUUGCUCGAGUGAAUAAUGUACAUAUUUUGUUUAAUUUUGUUUGUGGUACAGUUUUUGCACGACUGCAUUGGAUUGACUAUCAGUGGAAAACAUGGUGCUUCUCUUCAGGAAGUGCCUUUCGGAGAAAAUGUUGUUUUGAGUUGUAGGAGUAAUGACAAGGAUCAUAUAUUUGAGCACUGGAUAUUGGAUAAUAAUGUUAUCGUUGGUCCCAGAAAUGAAGAUUUUGAUAACGUAAAAUUUAAUUAUGAAGUCCUGUCAGGAAAUUUGAUUAUAAGGGCAGUCUCUCAGCGCGAUGAAGGUUUUUACACAUGUGUAUCAAGAGCAGUUAGAGGAGAGGAUCGCAAAGUUGAAAAGAUCCAAGUUCUCGUAGCCCAAGAUUGGGAAAACGUGUAUGAACAUGACUAUAACAUUAAUUUGAUUAGAAUUUUAAUCAUACUGAUAAUGCUAGUUCUUCUGGUUAUUGGAGGAUAUGUGGUUUACAAGAUGUGGCGAGAGAGAUAUAUGUAUCCCAAUUAUUUAGAGCAAGAAGAUGACGAUGAAGGUAUAUUCAAAGCGCCAAGCACAUCUGGGAUGAGUUCUCCAAGUAGUUCAAGAAGAAUAGUUCUGUGUUCGAAUUCUCCUAACCCCUUGACUAAUAAUUUAAACGGCACUGAUUUUAAAAGUAUUCUAGAAAAAUCGAACGAAUAGGUUGAUUGGAUUUAUAGAUUUAGUUAAAUUGCAUAUAGGUUGUCUCAGUGACGCAGUCCAAAUUUUGUUGAGGCUCAUUUUUGGGCAAAAUUGCCGCAUUCGGUGAUAAAAAUCUAAAAGUCAUUAUUGAGACGCCUUUGCAUUUACAAAAAGUUUUGAAAAAAAUUUGGGAGUAUUUAAAAAAUAUAAUAUUUUUACCUUGAUUCAUUUUUUUAAUUUCAAAAUCGUCUGGGUUUGCGUCUGGGUCUGGGAGGUCUUUAACACCUACCCCCUCUUGCUGCGUCACUGGGCUGUCCAUUGUGCAUCACAGAAGUGUUUUUCUUUUUCCAUGAUUCUAAAAAUUACCUGUGUCAUUUUUAAAAUAGUUAAACUAAAAUUGUUGUAUAUAAUUUUGUAAUUUUUGAUAAAAAUUUAAGCUGCAAUAAACGACUUUAUAAGAGUAAAUACAUAUCUCUAAAAUUUUUAUUAAUUGAAAGAGAUGAGUAAAACAUAAUUUAAAACACAAAUUUAAAUGAUGAAGCCAUUUGUAGAUAGUAAUUACUUUUGUAGUAAAAUGGAGACAAUAAAAGAAAUAGCAAAG